CCUGGGAAUUCCAGGUCCUGGAGAUUCCAGAUCCUGGGAAUUCCAGGUCCUGGGAUCCUCAACUCCUGGAGAUUCCAAAUCCUGGGAAUUCCAGCUCCUGGAGGUUCCAGCUCCUUGGGGACCUGUCGGAAUGGAUGAGGGGCCGGGGGGCACCUCAGUGGCCGUGAGCCGAUGAGUUUCCUCCCGCUCCGCUGACGACGGAUGGGGGCCGGGCGGGGCGCCGGGGGGGCAGGAGGCCGCUGCCCACGGGCCCCGGCCGGCCGGAGGGAGCUGCCCACCUGCUCCCGGUGCCGGGCCCCCCCCGGCCCCCCGGCCAUGGAGGGACCCUCGGUUCUCGGCCUCUGCUCGUGGCACAAGCGCCGCGCGUGGGCCCGGCAGAGCCGGGGCUGGCGCAGCCCCGCGCCCGAGGGCGAGCAGGAGCAGCAGCAGGAGGAGGAGGAGGAGGAGCAGGAGGUGGCCGCUGUCCCCUGGGAGCCGCCACCACAGCUGGACUCCGCUGUCCUGGAAGGAGGCCUCUGCAGUAAGGCCCGGACGUGGCUGCGGGACUGCGGGGCAGCAGCGCUGGACGAACCAGGAUGGCCGGGACCCCGCGCGUGUGGCAGCAGCGGGACGAGCCUCGAGGACGAGCUGACCCUGGGAGCUGAAGGUACCGCUGUCACCGCCAUGCCCCGAGGGGACAGCGGGGCUGGGGACAGCCACCACCAGCUCCUCCAGGAGGGCUUCAGUGUGGCGGGGCUGUCCUCAAGCUCUGCGUCCCCCCGGAGCUGUGACAAGAGUGGGACGUGUCCCCAAAGCAGCGCGAGUCACCCCUUGGUGUCCCCCUGCUCCCUUUUUCCAGCUCUGCUGCUCCCGGGGAGCCCCCAGGCCGCGGGCAGUGUCCCCUCCAGUGUCCUCCCACCGCGUAGGGCGCUGCAGGACCGGCGCCUGAGCCCUGGGGACAGCCUGGCCUCCAGUGUCCCCUCCAGUGUCCCCAGCAGCUGCAGCCUGGCCGAGGUGCUGGCCUGGUGGCAGUCGGACGCCGAGGAGAUCCUGCACAGCCUGGGCUUCGUGGGGAGCGAUGCAGGGGUCGCGUCCCGCGUCCCCCCCCGCUUCUUCUCGGCCCCGUCCCGCGCCAGCGGCAUCGACCUCGGGCUCUUCCUGCGGGCCCAAGUGCAGCGCCUGGAGAUGGAGGACCCCUGCCUGCUGCUGGCCAGUCGCUUCCAGCAGGUCCAGGCCCUGGCUGCCACCGCCGACAUUUUUUUCUGCCUCUACUCCUACGUGUCGCAGACGCCCCUGCAGCGCAUCGCCCCCCCCCGGCCCUGUCGCGACAUCCCCGACAGCGCCGAGCCCCGCGGGGCGCGGCUCGGGCAGCGCCUGAAGCGCGCGAUGUCCUCGCUGUGCCUCUGUACGGGGGGGGGACACGGCGACAUCCCCCGGGGGGCGACCCCCGGCCCCCGCAGCGCCCCGGGCACGGGCGGUGCCCCCGAGGGCUGCCGGGGGGGCGGUGACACCGGCACGGAGCGGUGGUGGCUGUCCCCGAGGCCACCCCCGGCGUGGGGACACCCCGAGCGCUCCUGUCCCCGCGGCCGGGGGGUUUGGGGGCGCGGGGGGGCUUCGCGCGGGGCUGUCCCGUGGGGCGAUGUCACCCUGUCCCCACACGCCAGCGGGGUCGGGGUCACUGCCGAGCGCCCCGCGGGACUGCGACCCCCGGGGGACUCCGGCCUCGGCUUUCAGUGCCACCCGGGUGCCACCGCUGGGCUGCAGGGGGGUCCCCCAGGGCUGCAGCCCCCCGGGAGGGUCCCCGAGCCCCGAGGAGCGGCGGAAUCCUUCGAGCUGGAGGAGGUGCUGAGCGAGGAGGAGGACGAUGAUGAUGACGAGGAUGAUGAUGAUGAUGCGGAGGAUGAUGAUGAGGAGGAUGAUGAUGAUGACCCCCAUCUCUCCGUCAGGACCCCAAGGAGGUCCAUGUUCCAUGGGCGCUCCGACAGCAGCGGCUUCGGGGAGGAGCUGCUCCCCUCCUCAGCACCCCCGGCCCCGACUGCGUGACCUGUGGCCACCUCAGGAGGAGGUGGCACCUUGGCCGGGUGUCCCACGGACGUUUUGGACACACGUGUGACACGUGUGCGUGUGUGGGUGUGCACGUGUGAUUGUUUGGCACAGAAAAACCUCCGGGCCUCGGGAUUUUGCCCCAUUUUUUGUCCCUGCCUCGUCCCCAAGCCCUGUGGCUCGCUCGGGGCCUGCAGCGCGGACGUGUCCCCAGCCCCUGGGGAUGUCACUUGCACUUUGGUCGCUCACGCUAGAGGGGGGGUGGG